GGAAACACCCAAUAAAGACUGCUGUUUUGGCGGCAAAAGCUUGAAAAGCCGGUUGUCAGCUAGGGUUCCAUGUCACUCACCGCAGGAAAAUAUAUAUAUAUCACUGCCCCCUAUCUUCAAAUCUCUUCUAUCAUCGCUCGAUUAGAUUUUCCUUUUUCACAGAUUCGAAGUUCCAUCUGGCGAAAUCCCCUUUUAUCAAAUUGUGAGAGGUGAGUAUGUGAGUUCCAUGUAUUUGAUUGAGUUCAAUGGAGGAUGGAGUGGCUGCACCAGCUGAUUCCCCCACUAUUAGGGCUAUAAACAAGGGCGUUGUUCACAGAAUUUGUGCUGGACAAGUGAUUUUGGACCUGUCGGCCGCGGUCAAGGAGUUGGUGGAGAAUAGCUUGGACGCAGGGGCUACCAGCAUCGAGAUUGCUUUGAAAGAGUACGGCCAAGAAUGGUUCCAGGUCAUCGACAAUGGUUGUGGCAUUUCGCCUCAUAAUUUCAAGGUUCUCGCACUGAAGCAUCAUACUUCUAAAUUGGCAGAUUUUCCUGAUCUUCAAUCUUUAACAACUUUUGGCUUUAGAGGGGAGGCACUGAGUUCCCUUUGCGCUUUAGGGGAUUUGACUGUUGAAACGAGAACGAAAAAUGAACCAGUUGCUACACAUUUGACCUUCGACCAUUCUGGUCUUCUAACAGCUGAAAAGAAAAUGGCACGUCAAAUUGGUACUACUGUCACUGUGAAGAAGCUGUUUUCUAAUUUGCCAGUGCGGAGCAAAGAAUUUCGUCGCAACAUUCGUAAGGAAUAUGGAAAGCUGAUUUCUUUAUUGAAUGCCUAUGCCAUUAUCGCAAAAGGAGUUCGCUUAGUUUGCACCAACACAACUGGAAAAAAUGUGAAGUCUGUAGUACUCAAAACACAAGGAAGUGGUUCUCUUAAAGAUAACAUCAUAACAGUGUUUGGCAUGAGUACAUUUACCUGCUUAGAGCCUGUGAAUUUAUGUAUAUCAGACGGUUGCAAGGUUGAUGGUUUUCUUUCUAAGUCUGGAAACGGUAGUGGUCGCAAUUUAGGAGAUAGGCAGUUCUUUUUUGUGAACUGUCGGCCAGUGGAUAUGCCUAAAGUCGGCAAACUUGUGAAUGAGUUAUAUAAAGGUGCAAACUCCAGGCAAUAUCCAAUUGCAAUCAUGAAUUUUACAGUUCCAUCUAAAGCAUGUGAUGUCAAUGUAACUCCAGACAAAAGAAAAAUAUUCUUCUCUGACGAGGGCUCCAUUUUGCACUCCCUGAGAGAAGCUUUAGAAAAGAUCUACUCACCAAGUCAUGUAAGUUAUUCUAUUAACAAGUUUGAGGAGCCCAAUACUGAAGAAAAUACCUCCAAGGUGUAUUCUCAUCUCGAGCGAUCACAGUUGUCAUCAAAACAAUCAUCUCCAUAUGGCAGUAAUCCUAAAGCGAAAGUGUACAGCGAGGAACAAUGUAUAGAUGGUGACACAAAUUUGACAACAGGCAAAGAGGGCAGUAGGGGUCCUCCUGUUGUAGAGUUGAUUGAUAAUGAUGAUAAAUGUUCAACAAAGGAACGACUUACACUUGGAACCCAUGGCAUUAAGAAGGCUGGUAGCUUUUCUGGACGCCUUGGUAGACAACCUACAGAUCAUCUCAAUAGUAACACAAGUGAUCGACAUGCUGCAGUCUCUUCGAGAGCAAUAGAGAAUGUAACUGUUGAAAAUAUAGAUUCACCUACUCGUUCAAGUAUUGUUCAGUCAUCGCUUACCAAAUUUGUUACUGUAAGUAAGAAAAAGCUUGAAAAACCUUGCACAACAUUAUCUGAAGUCCCUCUAUUGAGAAACGGGCCUAUUCUCUGCCAAUCGAAGAGAAAAAAUAAUUCUGAUAUGUAUGCUGCAUGUUCAAAAUCUCCAGUCAAGUGUCACAAGGUUGAUGAUUCUGCUGAAAUUAACAAGGAUGAGCCUGAAUCUUCUAAGUAUUUCAGAAAAGAAAAUGUCUUUAACGAAAGAGAUAUUCCGCUUUCUUCCAGAGCUGACACAAACAAUAGAGAAUCUGGAGAGGGUUUAAAAGAUCAGGAGAGCGCACUGCCUCUUGCUGAUGUGAAAUUAACUGCUUCAACUAGUGAAAAUUUCAUAAAUAUGUCAGAAGAUCUUCCAGAUGCAGCUCCUCCACUACAACCUUCUGGUUCAUCUUUAGAUAUUCCAUCGCCUUCUUCUGGUUUAAAGAUAUGUUCUACCUUGCAAUUUAGUUUCAAAGACUUGAGGACAAGAAGGAAACAGAGGCUCUCGAGAUUGCAAUCCAGCAACUAUACCUGUGGAAGAAUGAAUACUAAAAGGUGCUACGCUGCUGCAACACUAGAACUUUCUCAAUCAGUAAAUGAGGAGAGGAAAGCAAGUGCUUUAGCUGCAGCUACUAAUGAGCUGGAAAGGCUCUUCAAAAAGGACGACUUCAGCAGAAUGAAGGUAAUUGGGCAAUUCAAUCUUGGUUUUAUCAUUGGGAAGUUAGAUCAAGACCUAUUUAUUGUGGAUCAGCAUGCCGCAGAUGAGAAAUACAAUUAUGAGCGUUUGUCACAGUUGACCAUCUUGAACCAACAGCCUUUGCUUCGGCCAUUGAGGUUGGAGCUAUCUCCUGAAGAAGAAAUAGUUGCUUCCAUGCACAUGGAUACAAUCAGGAAAAAUGGAUUUGCUUUAGAAGAGGAUAUGCAUGCUCCAUCUGGGCAUCGUUUUGAAUUAAAAGCUGUUCCUUUCAGUAAAAACAUUACUUUUGGAGUUGGAGAUGUGAAGGAGCUCAUUUCCAUUCUUGCUGAUAGUCAAGGGGAAUGCUCGAUGAUUGGUAGUUACAGAAUGGACAGUUUUGAUUCAGUUUGCCCACCAAGAGUUCGUGCAAUGCUAGCAUCACGGGCCUGUAGAUCAUCUAUUAUGGUUGGAGAUCCACUUGGAAGAAAUGAGAUGCAGAAGAUACUCGAACAUUUGGCAGACCUCAAAUCUCCUUGGAAUUGCCCACACGGCAGACCAACAAUGCGUCACUUGGUUGAUUUAACAACUGUCCACAAAAGGUUAGAUGAGAAUGAUACAGCUUGUUGAUGGUUGGAUCUCUCCAUGAUGGUUCAUUCCCCAGUGCGCGGUAUUUCUUUUAAGUUGUAUGCUUCUUGUAAAUUCACGUGCCUCUCUGCUCACCCCAAAAACAUGCUAGCACCCAGUAUAUUGAUUUUAAUUUUGGACUCUGGUUCUCGGUUUCCUUCUGUAAUCGUAAACUUUUCAUAUUAGUAUAUUUUAGAUCACUUUAAUUUAAACCUACACUUGAAGCA